CAAUCAGCGGGCGAGUUUCUCACAUGUGUGUAUUGUUUAAACUGGCCAAAGCGAACGAGCGGUGUGAACGCACAAACUUCCACACGGAGACAUGGCGGCCGCAGUGUCCGUUAACUCAGCUGCCAGAGACGAGGAAUCCUUCACUGGUGCCAAUUUUGUCCCGAAUCCACUUUAUAAAAGUUACGACCAAGCAGCCGAGCCCGAAAACUGGGGGUUUGAAACGGGCAAACAAGUUGAUGCGGACACCGGCGAGGAGGGUUCACCGACGGGCAGCGACUGUCCGCGACGGCUCGAUGAUGAACUGACGGCCCUCGGUCCAGAAGAGAUUGCUAGUCGUUUGGAAAGAACGAGAAGAGAGUUUUACAAUCGGCGAAAAAUAAUUAUCAAGAACCUCCCCGCCGAUAUCAGCAAUCAGGAGGUGCACGAGCUGUUAAGCAACUAUGAUUUGAAGUACUGCUUUGUGGACAAAUACAAAGGGACAGCCUUUGUGACACUACUAAAUGGUGAGCAGGCCCAGUUUGCGAUUAAGGAAUUUCACCAAUAUGUUCUCCGUGACUGCGAGAUCUCUGUGCAGCUGCAGCCGACAGACGCUUUGCUAUGCAUCGCCAACCUUCCCAGGGCUUUCACCCAGCAACAGUUUGAGGAGCUCGUCCGCCCCUUUGGAAACAUUGAGCGCUGCUUCUUGGUGCACAGUGCUACCACUGGCCACUCGAAAGGCUAUGGCUUUGUUGAGUACAUGAAGAAGGACUCUGCGGCCAGGGCGAAAUCAGAGCUGCUUGGGAAGCAGCUUGGGUCACGUAUGCUGUACGUGCACUGGACUGAGGUUGGCUCGCUCACGUUUCCCAUGCUGCACUCGCGCUGCCUCUGUGUGGACCGACUACCUCAAAACAUCCUCACCGCUCAGGAUCUCCGCAGUGUGCUGACUGACACGCACGCUCCCGUAUUUUGCCAGCUUGCUCAGGGUCAGGACUGUAAUUUUCGACGGUUUGCAGUGCUGGAGUUCUCCACGCCUGAGAUGGCCGAGGAUGUGCAGCGGCUGACCGAUGGAAGAGCUCUGGGUGGCUCUCAUAUACGUGUGUCCUUCUGUGCCCCAGGACCACCAGGAAGAAGCAUGCUGGCUGCUCUCAUCGCCGCCCAGACAAUGGCCUUGAACAGGGGGAAAGGGCUCCUUCCUGAACCCAGUGCCAUGCAGAUCCUUACUGGCCUCAAUAACCCUGCCACGCUGAAGAUGCUGCUGGCGUCUCUCAACCCGGGGCAUAAACAAGGCCUGCUGGGAGCUGCACCCGCUGUGCCUUUGCUGGCUAACCCUGCCCUGUCUGCUGCCCUCAUGCAGCUGCUGCUCCAGAAUCAAGUCCAACAGCAAGCUCUUUUAGGGAAUCCUCUUCUUUGGGCUCAUAUUCUGCACAAUAAAGACUACAGUGUUCUCCCUUGUGCUGGACUGCUGAGUGAAAAUCCUCUGGCUGCUCUUCCUCUUCAACAAGGCAUUAACAUGUUGGGAGAGAUGUCUCAAGGUUCUGUUGCUUCAACACUGGGCUUGCAGAAUGAGACUCUUGGCCCCAUCAAGCAACCAUCCCUCAGCCGACCUCUUGGGAGAGAGAACGAGACCCCAGCCACACCGAUCGGCUUUUCCCCAGCAGCCUCUCCUGCACUGCAAGGAAUGAAUUUACCCCUCCUGAGUGGGAUGUUAGGAGUAGAUGGGCCGACUCUACCGGGGGCAUCUAUAUUGGGCGAGCCUCCCAAAGAAGUUGGUGUAUCCCAGAACCCUUUUCUCAGUGCUCCUAGCAUAUUCCCGUCUUCAGGUGCCAGCACAAGGGCUCACCCCUACAGGAAGAGAACAGUGCUUGGCAGCACGUCUAACCAACGCGCAAACCACAGCAUCCACUCGAACUACAGCCUGCGCUUCCAGGAGUCGUGCACGCCGGAGUUUCCUCUGCACCAGGACCCCUUGUCUCAUUUGUAUGAGCAGCAGGAGGUUCUGGAAAAUGCAGCACUUCCCAGCUACGGUUUGCAGCACUCCAGGCACACAGGCUUCAGUGAUGCAGGGUCUCCUUUCAGCUAUCCUCCCAGCCCCCCUCAGUCCUCUUACUUCAGCUUUGGAGCUCAUACCAACAUCCCCUCCACCCAGCUCAAUAAGGCUGUUGGAAUGCCUCCAAUGACUCACUCCAGCCUAUUUUCUGCUGCACCUGGUGCUGGUAUGAAGACUCCCGUCGGUGGGCAGAAGCGUCUGUUCUCCCGUCUCAUCCCGUCUCCAGAGCCCAGUCCGGAGGGUGGAUAUGUAGGUCAGCACUCUCAGGGUCUCGGGGGGCACUACGCCGACUCCUACCUGAAACGCAAGCGCAUCUUUUGACCGGCAUUCAUCUCGACGGCUUCCUCUAAACCACCAGCUCUCUAAAGGGAUCGCUACUUUAAUACCAUCUUUAAGUGUGUUUUUGUGUGUGCGUGAGCGAGAGCACCCUGAAGAUCGGUCGCAUGGAUGAUUGCUGAAGUUUGUGUGUAUAUAAUUUCAAUGUGUAUGUAAAUAGUUUUCUUUUUAUUUUGCCUUUUUAAUUUUGUUUUAACUUUAAUUUUUCUAAACCCAAAGAUGCAACGGACACCACAAUGAAAAAAGCAUUUUCUGUCAUGUUCAUCUAGUCCUACUUUGUAGGGUUUUUUUUUUUUUCCUUUUCAUUUUAAUUUGAAUCGUUUAAGCAGGACGAUAGCCUUUUUCUGCUAUGUUGUGUUUGUAUAUAGUUGUUCAGUUGUCUAGAAAAGCUCCUCCACUGCAAACACUCUCUCCCAAACAAGUGCCAAGCCUUGCAUGCUCAAAUCAUGUAUCUGUGCAGCGGAUACAGUAGCUGUCUGUUUUCUUUAGUGAGUCACCUGUCUGUGUCUUUAUGGGGAGCUCUGAUGCUGGGUUAGUGUUCGAUUUAGCUCAAAAUUGCGUUUUGUUUUUUUUCCCCCCACCACGCACCAAGUAUUUUUGUUGCACUACUUCCCAUCUUUGCAUCCCAUUUUACAGAGUCAGGGUUUUCUGAGCUGAUUGUUCAGCGUUGCACUUGGAGGAUACGUAUCAUGUGUAUUCAUCCUCCGGAAUCUGUCCUUUCCUCACGCUCGUUCUUGUUUUCUGCCUGCUUUCGCACCUCUCUUUGACCUCGUUCAACCCGCACAGUUUUGCUGUUGCAAAGCGUUAGCGUCUCGGCCGUCACGUUGUGAAGUCCCAGCUGGUCAGAGAUGGAGUAUGGGCUGCCGUUCUCCCCUCACCAGGCUCAGAGUACUGCUGAAAGCACAGUAUGCCUGCUGUCGCUUUUGUAUUUCCCCCACACACACACAUUCACUCGCUCUUUGCGUUUUCCGUAUGGUGCCGUUCCUCUGCAGACCAGCAGAGGGAGCCAGUUAGCUUUUCAGUUGGCACUGCUCCAUAUUUUCUUUUCUUUUAAAAAUCCGAGAGCCAACAGUCUUGAGCAGGCCGGACCUGUGCCUUAGCGUGACAUUUAGUUUUACCGUCGUAACUGUGACUACCUUUUCCCCUCUGGUUUGAACUGCUGUGCCCCCAGAGGGGAAGGAGCUUCUCCAGACUGGAAUGUGAUUGACGUAUGAUUGAGUACUUGGUCUGUGUGUGUGACUUAUUAAUCUGGUUGACAUUUUGAUUUGUGAUAACGCAUUACCUCGGACUUGUACCGCAACUUACGAUGAAACCCGGAGUUAGUCGCGUGCCUAAAAGACGGCAGUGUUUACUGUAAUCUCUCCACACUGUGAGCCUCAGCUACAUUUAAGUUUGUUUCUUUGCCGUGUACAUGCUUGAGUUUGAUUAUAUUUCUUCUCUGGAGUCUUGAACUCGUGUUCUUAUAUUUCUUCUGCUAGUCUGUAAUGGUAUCAAAAUUGCUGCUCUAUAUUUUGUAUCCAUCUGAGUGAAAUUGCACAGUGCAGUAUCUUGUAAAUGAUUUUUUUUCCAUGUGCGACAUGCGGUAAGAGCUGCUGCUGCUGUGAAAUGAACUAAAGCUACAGAUGUGGUAAAUGACCUCUUCAUCAACAAUCACUCUUUCCUCUUGUACAGCUCUUCUGCUCUGUUUUUGUGACAUUUGAACAAGUAAAUGUUAUUUAAGUUCUCCA